AUGGAGCAUCAACAUAUUGCAAAGAAAGGAAAAGGACUUAUAUCUUCUUUCUUUAAGAAACGUGAUCGUCAAGAUACUCAAGACAAUGGAGAUAGCUUGGAAUCUUCAAAUUCAACCAUGGCCGCUGGAAAUCAAACUAAUCAAUCUCCUUCACCUCCUAUGGAGCAAAAUUCAGUUACAUGUAUUGAGCGUGAUCCGGGUAAAAGGAAACAAUUGUGUGAAUAUUCUGUUAAUGCACGAGAUGAUAUAAGACGUGCAUAUCUAAAAGCUGGGCCUUAUCAACCGAAAAUGGAAGCGUAUCCUGUUAAAAAGUUUGGCACUCAAAAUCGUAACUUUCAGAAGAGAUGGUUUGAUAAGUUUCAUUGGCUGGAGUAUUCGCUUUCCACAAAUAAGGCAUAUUGUUUUUAUUGCUUUCUUUUCAUCAGUGAAGUUAAUCUGCCUGACUCUUCUGCAUUAGUCAAGGAAGGAUUUGACAAUUGGAAAAUAAUAAAUCAAGGAAAAAAUUGUGCAUUCCUUACUCAUGUUGGUUCUGCAGCUACAUCACCACAUACUAUGUGCUUAAGACGUGCAAAAGAUUUGAUGAGGCCAGUUGGGCAUAUAGACAAAGUGAUGCAUUCUCAAACGAUUAUUGAGAAGGAGAGGAAUCGACUGCGCUUGAAGACCUGGAUCACAAGCCUCCGAUGGCUUGCACUUCAAGGUUGUGCUUUUAGAGGUCAUGACGAGUCUUCAUCUUCAUCGAAUCGUGGGAAUUUUAUUGAAUUGAUGAAGGCUUUUGCAAAUAUGAAUAAGGAGGUAAACGAAGUUGUUCUUGAUAAUGCUCCGAAAAAUGCCCAAUAUAUUGCUCCAGAAAUUCAAAAAGAGCUUUUGAAUAUUAUGGCCAACAGAGUACGUCAAAUGAUUCGUGAAGAAGUUGGAGAUAAAUAUUUUUGUAUUCUUGUUGAUGAAGCACAAGAUAUCUCCAAGCAAGAGCAAAUGGCCAUUAUCUUGAGUGUUAGUGACACCACUUCAUUAACUUUGAAAAAAGAGAUAUGUCGUGUUAUUUCUCAUCAUGAUCUACAUGUUGAGAAAAUGAGAGGUCAGGGAUAUGAUGGUGCUAGUAAUAUGCGUGGUUCAUGGAAUGGACUUCAGGCUUUAUUUCUUAGAGAUUGCCCACAUGCCUAUUAUAUCCAUUGUUUUGCGCAUCGACUACAAUUGACAAUAUUUUCUACAGCUAAAGAUAUUGGUGUUGUUUGA